GGGCGGGAUCAGGUGGGGCGUGGGGGCUGGGGGGUGCCCGCCGCAGCCCGGGGCGGGCCCAGCGGCCGGAUUCCCGCGCGAGGCGAGGCGAGGCGGGGCGGGGCGGCCCCGCCCCUGGCUCCACCCCCGCCCGGUCGGGCACACCUGGCCGGCAGGUAGCCGGCGCCGGGGUUCCUUUCCGGGGCGGCGAGGGCCCGCUGGAGACUAGCCUGGCUCCGGACCCUGGGGCUCCGGCGGCAGGGGGAGGUGGGGCGCUGUCGGGGAGCCAUGGAGCCGGGCCCGGAAUCCCAAGAGGGGCCGCCCGCGCCCCAGGCCCGCCGCCGCCACCGCCGCUCCCUGCGCCGCCUGUUCAGCCGCUUCCUGCUGGCGCUGGGCAGCCGCUCCCGUCGCGGGGACUCGCCCUCCCGGCCGCAGCCAGAGCCGGGGCGCUGCGAUGGCCACGGGGACGACGACGGGGACGGGGAGGGCGGCUUCGCCUGCCCCGCGGGCCCGGGCCCCACCGCCCCCGGCAGCCCCGGGGAGGAGCGCGCGGCCAGACCUCAGCCCCGGCCCCUAGCCGGCGACGGCGCGCGGCCCCCGGGCGCGCAGGGCUUGAAGAACCACGGCAACACCUGUUUCAUGAACGCCGUGGUGCAGUGUCUCAGCAACACCGAUCUGCUGGCCGAGUUCCUGGCGCUGGGGCGCUACCGGGCGGCGCCGGGCCGCGCCGAGGUCACCGAGCAGCUGGCGGCGCUCGUGCGCGCGCUCUGGACCCGCGAGUACACGCCCCAACUUUCCGCAGAGUUCAAGAAUGCUGUUUCCAAGUAUGGCUCUCAGUUCCAAGGCAAUUCCCAGCAUGAUGCCCUGGAGUUCCUCCUGUGGUUACUGGAUCGUGUGAAUGAGGACCUGGAGGGCUCCUCUCGAGGGCCAGAGCCCCAGAAGCCUGAAGUUAGAAGAACCUCUGAGAACCUUUUAUCACCAGCAGCUCAGCUUCCUCUAGGUCAAAGCUUUGUGCAAAGCCACUUUCAAGCACAAUAUAGAUCUUCCUUGACCUGUCCACACUGCCAGAAACAGAGCAACACCUUUGAUCCUUUUCUGUGUGUGUCACUCCCGAUCCCCUUGCGCCAGACCAGGUUCUUGAGUGUCACCUUGGCCUUCCCUUCUAAGAGCCAGAGGUUUCUGCGGGUCGGCUUGGCCGUGCCAAUUCUCAGCACAGUGGCAGCCCUGAGGAAGAUGGUUGCAGAGGAAGGCGGCGUCCCCGUGGAUGAGGUGAUCUUGGUUGAAGUGCACCCCAGUGGACUCCAGCGCUCUUUCUAUGACGAGGAGGACCUGAAUACCAUUGCUGAGGGAGAUGGUGUGUAUGCCUUCCAAGCCCCUGUGCAAGCUGGCCUGCAGAUGAUUUCAGGUCGUCUACAUGGUCUGCCCGUCUCUCCACGCUUGGCCACCCGGGAGGGUCUGCAAUUGGCCCUGCCUAUCCAUAGUGAGAACAAGGUGCUAAUCCUCUUCUGUAACUUGGUGGGGUCAGGGCAGCAGGCUAGCAGGUUUGGUCCACCUUUCCUGAUCAGGGAAGACAGAACAGUUUCCUGGGCACAGCUCCAGCAAUGCAUUCUCAAUAAGGUUCACUAUCUCAUGAAGAAUGAGGCCCCCAUACAGAACUCAGGGCCUCUGUUCUCCAUCCGAGUUGUGGGGCCUUCUGUGCCCUGCAGCUACUUGUCCCCACAGGACAGUCAACCCCUCUGUCAUUGGGCAGUGGACAGGGCUCUGCACUUCAGGAGGCCAGGUGGACCCCCCCAUGUCAAACUGGCUGUGGAGUGGGACAGCUGUGUCAAGGAACGCCUUUUUGGGAGCCUCCAAGAGGAGCGAGUCCUGGAUGCUGACAGUAUGUCUCAGCAGCAGCAGGCCCACCAGCAACACAGCUGUACUCUGGACGAGUGUUUUCAGUUCUACACCAAGGAGGAGCAGCUGGCUCAGGACGAUGCAUGGAAGUGUCCCCACUGCAAAGCCCUGCAGCAGGGUGUGGUGAAGCUCAGCCUGUGGACUCUGCCUGACAUCCUCAUCAUCCACCUCAAGCGGUUCUGUCAGGUUGGAGAGAGAAGAAACAAGCUCUCCACGCUGGUGAAGUUUCCGCUGUCGGGCCUCAAUAUGGCUCCUCAUGUGGCCCAGAGAAGCAACGGCCCCCAGCCUGUGCCAGGCCCCUGGCCUUCCUGGAAGCAGCCGGCCUGCCUGCCCACCAGUUGCCCACUGGACUUCCUCUAUGACUUGUAUGCUGUCUGCAACCACCAUGGCAGCCUGCAAGCCUACUGCCGGAACUCUCUGGAUGGCCAGUGGUACAGUUACGAUGACAGCACUGUGGAGCCACUUUUAGAAGAUGAGGUCAAUUCCCGAGGAGCUUACAUCCUGUUUUACCAGAAACGGAAUAGCAUCCCUCCCUGGUCAGCCAGCAGCUCCAUGAGAGGUUCCACGAGCUCCUCCUUGUCAGAUCACUGGCUGCUGAGGCUGGGGAGUAACAACUGUAGCACCCGGGGAAGCCUGCUGUCCUGGAGCUCGGCCCCCAGCCCUGCCCAGCCCCCAGCGCCUACCUCACCAGUCCUCACCAGCCUCUGCAGGCAGGAGAAGGGUGGAUUGGAGGCCAGGUCUCUGGUACAGGGAGUAAGAGGCCGAAGCAUCAGCAUGAAGGUGCCCACCCCUUCCCGGGCUAAGCAGGGACCAUUCAAAACCAUGCCCCUCCGGUGGUCUUUUGGAUCUCGGGAGAAACCACCCAGCGCACCUGCAUCCGUCGAAUUGGUGGAAUACUUGGAAUCCAGGCGGAGACCUCGACCCACGAGCCAGUCCAUCGUACCAUGGCUGACCCGCGUCACCGGCGGGGAUGAGAAGCCGGCCGUGCCAAGGUUAAAUGCCACCCUGGCUGCUAAGGAUGAGGGCACUGGGCGAGCCAGUGAGAGCAGGCUGGCCGCUCUGUCCCAGCCCCAGGGUCACUCCAGCCACUGUGUGGUCUCUGGAAACUCAGAUAGUCUAAACUUAACAGCAAGGAAACUCAAGGAAAAUUCAAGUCAGGAUAUCAGACUUCCCAAGCAGUUUGAUCUGCCUCUCACAGUGAUGCCUUCAGUGGAGGACGAAAGACGGGCCCGGCCAGAGGGCCAGAAGACUGUGAACUCUAAGGGAAGCGUCAACAGAGCACCCUCUUCCCAGGAGGCUCUGAGAGCCGAGGAACUAUCUAGAAACAGUGCGGGCAAUCACCGAAACCCCUUAAUGAAGAAAAGAGCUAAUGAAGAAGGAAGAGACUCAGAGAGAGACAGAUUCCCACAGGGGACCCUCACCCUUCUGAGGUCCGUGUUUGGGAGGAAGGAGAACAGGAAGAAUGACUGGGCAGAAGUGGUCCCUCAGGCGCCCCCAGCUUCCAUGAUGAAGGCCAGGCUCAGCCUUGCCGUGGAUGACCAGGCUCGAGGCUCUUCUCCUUCACUCAGGCUUCCAGAGAGCCCGGCCCGGGGACCUACCGGCCACCUGGAGAGAGAUGUCCGGUCGGCGCCCAGCUCUCUCCGCCUUGCGCGCAAAGCCAGCAGGCCCUCCAGGGGAGGUGCCCCUGGCCCAUCACAGAGAAAUGUUCUGGGGGAGCAGACUCCAUUCGGCACUUUGCAAAAAAUGAAAUACCACACACUCUCCUUAGGUAGAAAGAAAACAUUACCAGAAUCUAGCUUUUGAAUGGUAUAUUCCAGUCUAGCGGGGGAGUUGAAAUUCUCAUGACUCUACACUAAUUCAAUGAAGGCAGCCUGUACUGAGAAUGGGCGUUGGGGAAGCCAGUUGACUUGUGAGCCCGGAAAGUGAUUUUGUGUUUGUAUUUUGACAUCUAGACUUUUAAUUCACUUCAUGUCCAACUUACCUUCCUGUAUUGUUGGGUACUUUAUCCUUCUAGGCCACAAGAGGGUGCUGUUGGGUCAGGAUUAUAUAUAUAUAUAUUCAGGGCAAGGAGUGAGUUGUUUCAAGCCUGGUUAAUAGGAAUCUUCAACAUCAAAUCGAACAUUGUCAUUGCUUCUCCAUUACUUUUUUUUUUUAAAGAAAUACUGAAUGUUACUGAAAAGUAUUUUCCCUUUAAUGUUUCUCUGGGAUACAGCACUUAAAGGUGCCAAAACAGACAAACACUAAUAAAAAAACUGGUGACAGAAAGAAUGUAGACGAGGAGAGAAGUCAACAUUUUAGGAGAAAAUUUAAUAUAUGCCAAAAUAAUUGUAUUAAAGUUUUUUUCAAAGUAUUUAAAAAAAGAUGACUAUUUUGAUACUAGGAAGAAAGGAAGCUAUGUUUUUUUU